GUGGUCUACGGGCCUCACGAGAUUCGGGGCUCCCGGGCACGAGCUCUGCCCGACAGGGCCCUGGUGAACUGUCAGUACAGUUCUGCAACCUUCAGCACAGGUGAGCGCAAGCGGCGGCCACAUGGAGACCGUAAGUCCUGCGAGAUGGGCCUGCAGCUGCGUCAGACCUUCGAGGCAGCCAUCCUUACACAGCUGCAUCCACGCUCCCAGAUUGAUAUCUAUGUGCAGGUGCUGCAGGCAGAUGGUGGGACCUAUGCAGCUUGUGUGAAUGCAGCCACUCUGGCAGUGCUGGACGCUGGGAUACCCAUGCGGGACUUUGUAUGUGCCUGCUCAGCUGGCUUUGUGGAUGGAACAGCUCUGGCAGACCUCAGCCAUGUGGAGGAAGCAGCUGGUGGUCCCCAGCUAGCCCUGGCCCUGCUGCCAGCCUCGGGCCAGAUUGCACUGCUUGAGAUGGAUGCCAGGCUGCAUGAGGACCACCUAGAGCAAGUGCUGGAAGCAGCUGCCCGAGCUGCCCGCGAUGUACACACCCUACUGGACCGUGUGGUCCGGCAGCACGUAAAAGAGGCCUCCAUCUUACUGGGGGACUGAGCCCAUGGCCACCCAUGCCCAGAAUAAAACCCACAUACAGUCCACUGUU